AUGCUUGACAAAGUUUGUCUCCACGUUUUAAAUAGGAAAUACACCCGCAUUGAUUUUUCCGUCGGUGUCAUUUCUGUUUAUGGGAUUCGAUCCGGACCACAAUUACUCAGUUAUUUGUGGAUAUAA